AGCGCUGUUCACUUCCGGAUUCUGUUUGUGUGUUUGCAGUCUGCGUGAUGCAGUAGAACUCCUGCUGUGGUUCACCGCCGGCUGAAAAUGGAGCGGUACGGGUCGGACACGGAGGGGGACGAGCAGGAGACGCCGCUGCUUCACCGGGGACCCGAAGACAAAGCCCACAAAGCUCCAGCAUGCUGUUCGUGUCGCUACACGCUGGCGCUUCUGUCCUCUCUGGGCUUCUUCGUGGUCUACUCCCUGAGGGUGAACCUCAGCGUGGCGAUGGUGGACAUGCUCAACAACACCCACUCGUCCAGCCCCAACCACAGCGGCUCGGUUUGCCCGCCUCACACCAGCGCCGCUCCGCCCAAACACAACCACACGGCCAGUGUGUAUAACUGGGACUCGGCGACGCAGGGCUGGAUCCUGGGCUCCUUCUUCUACGGCUACAUCCUGACUCAGAUCCCCGGAGGCUACCUGGCCGGCCGCUUAGGACCCAAGUGGCUGAUGGGCUUUGGAGUCCUGGGAACGGCAGUCUUUACGCUGCUUACCCCGACGGCUGCUGACCUGGGCGCGAGCUACCUUAUCGCGGUCCGAGUGCUGGAGGGGAUCGGAGAGGGCGUCACAUUCCCGGCCAUGUACACCAUGUGGGCGGCGUGGGCUCCACCGAUGGAGAGGAGCCGCCUGCUCACCAUCUCGUACAUCGGAGCCCAGAUGGGGACAGUCGUGUGUCUUCCUCUGUCGGGGCAAAUCUGCUUCUACCUGGACUGGACCUACGUCUUCUAUAUAUUUGGCGCCGUCGGUCUGGUUUGGUUCGUCCUCUGGGCUUUUCUCGUCUUUAACACUCCAAACACUCAUCCGCGGAUAUCAGAGCGGGAGAGGCUCUACAUCACCAACUCACUCAAGAAUGAGCUGUCCUCCUCGGCCGGUUACAUCCCCUGGAAAUCCAUCGUGACCUCGAGGCCGCUGUGGGCCAUCGUCGUGGCUCACUUCUCCUACAACUGGACCUUCUACACCCUCCUCACCCUGCUGCCGACCUACAUGAACGACAUACUGGGGUUCAGCAUAAAGCAGAACGGCAUGCUGUCGGCUCUCCCGUACCUCGGCUGUGCAGUCAUGGCCGUGCUGAGCGGCCAAGUCGCCGAUUACCUUCGAGAAACCUGCCUGUAUCCCACCGUCAGCGUCAGGAAGGUCUUCUCCGUCAUCGGCAUGAUUGGGCCGGCAGCGUUCCUGGUGGCAACGGGUUACACCGGCUGUGACUACAUCUUGGCCGUGAGCUUCCUCACCAUCUCCUCCUCUCUGGGCGGAGUGUCGGCUUCUGGUUUCAACAUCAACCACCUCGACAUCGCUCCUUCGUACGCAGGUAUUCUGCUGGGAAUCACCAACACCUUUGCAACCAUCCCUGGCAUGGUGGGACCAGUCAUAGCGAGAGAUGUCACCAAAAACAACACCAUCGAAGAGUGGCAGACUGUCUUCUACAUUGCUGCAGCCAUCAACCUGUCUGGAGCCAUAUUCUACACUGUGUUUGGUAAAGGAACGGUGCAGCCCUGGGCUGUCCACACAUCCUACUCUCACGGAGACUGAGGCGAGCGACAAGCCCCAGACUCAUCCGUUAGACUAAUGGGAAUCGCCAAAUGGAUAAGUCUGUUCAGCGGGUAAUUUCAGCAAGAGACGUGUUCCAGCUGCGAUGAUUAUUCUCGCAGCACGACUUACUAACAGUGAGUAACAGCCAUGAUACCUUCAAGGAUGCUCCUCGCUGUGUCUGGAGUCUUGCUGACAGACGAGCCUGCAGCCACAGUGAUGAAACAGCAGAUUUGGUUAAUCAAAUACAGACAGAUGCUCUUUGGAGGCAAAAAGAAAAAAAAGAACUGAGCAGAGCAGAAAAACAGUCAUCAAGAAAUGUCAGAGGGAGCUGUCAGUGUGAAGCCCAACACUCCGGCCACUUCAAAGAAACAAGACGUAGCUGAAAUAGUCCAGCAGUUACAGGCUAGUGCGGUCAGCUAAGGCUAGUUAGCUGAGACAUUUGUGAGUUAUCGAAGUCUUGUUGAUCAACAGGUGUCGUGCAUAUCAUCAUAAAUGAGCUAAAGAAGUGUUUAGGUGUUGACAUCUGCUCGGCCCAGUUGUUGUUUCUGCCUCCGGAGCGUCUCUGCUUUUACUUUUUUAACCACGAGUAACCCUCUUUAAGUUCUGUUGCCAGUAAGAGUUUACAUUCUUGAUACGAAUGCUUUCUUGCACUUGUGUAUGUAAAGUUUGGGAUGACGUAACAUGUUGCCAGUAAGUUUUGUUUUAAAGGUAAUCCCCCAAAAAUGACAAAGAAUCAUCCCAAACUAGACACACUUUUAAUAGUCUUUUUUUUUUUUUUGUCUACGUUGAGACGACACAGUGCGCACAAACAUGCCUUAAAGUGAAGUCUUCUUAAGAUGAUUUUUAAGCUCUUUGUCUUUCUUGUAAUUAAUAAUUUACAUUGUUUUGUAUUAUAGGGUAGUUAAAGGGAUUUUAUGUGUACGAUUUUACGUGCCGUCUUUUCAAGUUUUUAGGUCCGCCAAGCACCUCUCUUGUUCUAAGUAGUCGCGUUCAGCUAAACACGGGUUCAGAUUUUUCCAAACACUAAAAGUUUUAGGACUUUAUUAAUGAAGGGAAGCAAAAAGCUGCUUUAAAGAGGUUCCUGGUGAACGCGGUGUCAUGUCAGUCACGGGAUUUGCACUUUUUGUGUCGAUUCUCAGGUAUCUUACGUCACACGAGGAUUAAAAAGGAUGUUUGUUUACUUUUCUACCCAUUGAUUAAGCUACCACGCUGAGGCGCGCGGCCUCACGUUUUAAGUGUCAACACAAUUAGAUCGGAUGCUAAAAUUAUUUCCAGCAGUACAGUUAGGAACUCGGAAUAUGUAGUUUUUAGUCUUAGCUUUUUUUUAUCAAUGACCUGAUUAUUAGUGUUUUUUUUUUUCAUAAAGUUUGAUCAGAUCACACGUCUGUUUUACUUUACGUAUGUCGUUUUGUAAAUCGAAGGUAAACAUUUUGUCUUGGUUGUAAUUUCUGUCUCCGAGUAGCACCAUAAUCCCAUUUUAAGAUGUAAUGCACUUGUGCCUUAUUACAUGAACCCAAACUGUAUCAGACAAUUCAACGCUGCGGACUGGUUUUCUUUUUCAUGAAAUUCUUUUGUUACUGGUUGUUUGUCCAUGUACAGGGAGUAAAGGGACUUUUUAAUGACAUUCUGUACUCAGAGGUUAAUCAUUGUAAACGUUCCCCUCUUGAAACAGCUGAAAAAUGUGUUUGAAAUCAUGUCUUGUAAAUAGUUCAUCACAUAAAGCAAUUCGCAAGUCUGA